UAAUACCGUAGUUACGGAUGCUAGUGAAGAGAAAGCUGGGAGUCACACCGCAACUUACGGGAUUUAGAGCAAAGCGGACUGCUCAGAGGGUCUGGCCACGUAUCCUCGGGUUCUGUAUGACCGUUACGUCAGUGGCCGGGUCUUCGGAGCUCCGAGAUAUUUGUUGAAGACUGAUAUUUCGGUCCACCUAACGUGAACUGUGUGAAUACCAAACCGUCCAAGUCCUCUGCGCACUUCUUAGCCACUUAAAAGUCACUAGACCUGCGUGCCCAAACGUUCUUUGUCCCAUUUCUCCCGUGCCAGAGCCAAACACACUUGGCUCUCGGCAGUGAGGUCCUGCCGCCCUGGCCUCUCCUGGAAGCCACCGAGCAGAAGGCGGAGGGCUCGAUCCCCCACCCCUCAAGCGGGCGCGUCUGUGUGGGCCAAGUGAGUUGAAACUGCCAGGUGGGUUCCAACUGGACAUGCAGACUGCUGGCAACGGGAGUGUCAUUGAGAAUGGCAGCACAAGCAAUGGGGUGGCCCCUCUGGCCAACGGCUGUGGGGGGGAGGUGGGCGAGGAAGGGAAAUUCAAGACACAUUACAAGCUUGGUCAGGCCCUGAGUGAGACGGACAGUGACAUCAUUCGUCUGAUUGGCCAGCACCUGCGAGAAAUGGGGUUACAGUGAGUUUGGCCCCAAUUUGUGUGUCCUUCAGUGGUUGUGUUUCUCUCUGCAGCUCCACUCUGAGGCAGUUAGUGCAGGAGUCUGGUUGCUCCAUGGAACACCCCAAGGCUGCAGUGUUCAGAGCACAUGUCCUUGCAGGCGAAUGGAAGGAGGCCAGUCAGGCAGUGGAUGACCUGGCACCGAUGCUCCCUCAAUCCUCCUCAGUCAAGCACAUGCAGUACCUACUACUGAGAGAGAAGUACCUGGAGUUGCUGGAAGGUGGCCAGGAGAUGGCAGCUCUGCAUUGUCUGCGGCACGAACUGGUCCCUCUCCCUCUGCACCACGCUGACAAGGACAUCCAGACACUGACCAGCUACAUGAUGUAUUCUGACAAGACAGAGCUUCGGUCUGCAGCCAACUGGCAAGGGGUCAAAGCUGGCUCUCGGGAGAGCCUCAUGGAGCAGCUGCAAGGUUUCCUCCCUCCGUCCGUUAUGUUGCCAGCUCACCGACUGCCUCAUUUGCUGAGUCAGGCAGUAGACCUGCAAGUCAGUCGCUGCCCGUACCACUUCGAGCCACACCCUCCCUCCUUUUCCUCCCAAAUUCGCUACUCCCUACUCACUGACCACCUGUGUCCCAGGAGUGAGUUUCCCUCUGAGACAGUCCAUAUCCUGACAGCUCACUCUGACGAGGUAUGGUUCCUUGUCUUUAGUCACGAUGGGUCGAGACUGGCCUCAGGGGCCAAAGACGGAGAAAUCAUACUCUGGGACAUGAAGGGAGAGAGUCCCAAGGUCCAGCACAAGAUGAGAGGCCAGACCGACGGCAUUGCCCACCUGGCCUGGAGUCCAGACGACUCUCUCCUGCUCAGCUGUGGCAGAGAAGACUGCCCUGGGGCCAUUGUCUUCAACACUCAGAGUGGGGAAGUAAAGUGUCGAGUGCAAAAUUCUGCAGAAGACAGCCUCACAUGUGGGGCGUGGUCUCCUGAUGGCCAACAUUUCUAUGUGGGAGGAACAAGAGGCCAGUUUCUGGAGUGUGUAAGUUCUCUCCCUCCACCAUCUCUCUCUUCUCUCAGCCUCCCUCUGUAUGUACUGCAGGCUCUUGACGGCUCAGUCUCCUCUAGUUGGGAGGGGAUUCGAGUGAAUGCUCUAGCAGCCCACUCAUCUCCUCGCUCAGUGUAUGCUGCAGACACUCACUGCAGAAUUCGCAGAUACAACUUCCAAGACAUGUCAUAUGACAAUCUGAUUGAGGAAGACCAUUCCAUCAUGUCUUUCACUGUGUCGAGAAGUGGCAGGAAUGCUCUGCUGAAUGUGGCUAACCAGGGUGUUCAUGUGUGGGACCUGAAUGACCGCUGUCUUGUAAGACGCUGUCACGGUGUCACUCAAGGCCAUUAUACCAUUCACUCGUGCUACGGAGGACUCAAUGAUAGUUUCAUAGCCAGUGGAAGUGAAGAUGGGAAUGUGUACGUGUGGAGGAGUGGGAAAGAAAAACCAGCACUAGUGUUGAGAGGUCAUUCCCGCACUGUCAACUGCGUGGCCUGGAACCCAGUGUACCCUACCACUCUAGCCUCUGCUAGUGAUGAUGGAACAGUACGGGUGUGGGGGAAAGAGAAAGCUGCUCUACGACAGAGACAACUUGCUGCUGCCUCAGAGCCCACUGGUAUUACAGGCAAUGGUGAUGUUAGUGAGAGCACAAGUGAGAGGAGAGGAGAGUUGGGGGGAGGGGGUGUGGGGGGCCUCGCCACCUCUGCCAGCAGUCUGGCUAGUGAGCAGUUGGAUGAAAGUCUGAGUGCUGCAUCUCUGGCAGAGGUGGGCAGUGACUGGCAGCUGGCAGUGGACUCCUUGACUUCGUCCAUGGACAGCUCCGUGGGUGUGCAACCUCUCUCUCUGCCCAGUCUCUCCUCCAGACCACUGCCUCCUCCCUCUGACCAGCUCCCUGCGGACGAGGAGGACGAGGACCAAGUAACAGGCUCCAUAUCCACUGAGGUCUAGUUCAGCAGCCUGAACUCUGGUGUUUUAUCUCUCUCUCUGAUCAAACUUCUAAACCUGCACUCAUCUCUGAGACCCUCCUGUCAUUAUUACCCAUCCGAACUCAAUGCUGUAAUGUGAUAUCAUCCUAGUAUAUCAUAAUAUUGGUGAUGGGAGACAAAGCCAGAACACAGUAAUGUCAGUUGUUGUCAGAGAGAUAACAGACACAGAAGUGGGAUGAGGAGAGGAGUACUAGUGAUGUCCCAGAAGGGUGCCAGGCGAGGCGUGUCACAGAGGAAGGAGGGUUUCCGGGAACACACACACUCACACUACCAGCAGGGGACCAUAGAUAGAGUCUGCUGUUGCCAGUGGCAAUGGCAAGGCGGGGCUGGGUGGGGUCCCAGCUGAUGUCCUUCACCGGAGACGUCUGGAGAAGAAGGGCAGUCAGUCGCAGCUCCUCCAUGCUCCACACCCACACUGCAGUGGGCAUGUUGUCAUUCCUGGUGGCAAGGUAGCGAGAGUCGGGGGA